GCUCCUCCUCUCGGCUUCCUCCCCUCCGAAGCUGCAGCGGCGCUGGAGCUCGUCUUUCGGUCGGCGGCUUGCGCGAUGUGAGCCUCUGGAUCGCAGAAGCGGCGGGCGCAGCGCGAUGGAGCGCACCAAGCUGUUCGUGGCGCUGGAUGUGCUGUGCCUGGUGGUCGCCUCACUUCCUUUCGCCAUCCUGACCUUGGUGAAUUCUCCCUACAAACGGAGUUUCUAUUGUGAGGAUACUUCCAUCCGUUAUCCGUACAAACCGGACACCAUUACUGUGGAACCGGUGGGCGGAUUGACCAUCAAUUGUGUUGUAAAUGUUAUUUCCGUCGGCGAGGCUUACCUGGUCUACAAGAAACGCUUGUACUCCCAUUCCCAGUUUAACAAUUACCUGGCCGCCCUCUACAAAGUCGUCGGGACCUUCCUGUUCGGUAGCGCCGUCAGCCAGUCGCUGACCGACUUGGCCAAGUACACGAUCGGCCGUCUGCGGCCCAAUUUCCUGGCGGUCUGUCAGCCAGACUGGACGAAAGUAAAUUGCUCGUUUUACGUCCAGGUGGAAGACGUGUGCCAGGGCAAUUCCAGAAACAUCACGGAAUCCAGAUUAUCGUUCUAUUCUGGGCAUUCUUCCUUUGCGAUGUACUGCAUGAUGUUUUUAGCGCUCUACAUUCAGGCCCGGCUGGUUGGCAGAUGGGCUCGGCUGCUGCGCCCGACUAUCCAGUUCUUUCUCCUCUGCUUCGCCAUCUACGUGGGCUACAGCCGAGUGUCGGACUACAAGCACCAUUGGAGCGAUGUGCUAGUUGGCCUCCUGCAAGGAGCACUCAUUGCUAUCCUUACGGUCCGUUACAUCUCGGAUUUCUUCAAAGAGAGGUCCGAGUCACCGUGUGCCGAACAGGACCUUGGGCGUAAAGCCAGCAUCCCCCUGCCGCUAAGCGAGUCGGAGUGUAACCACUGCAACUAUCGGGUCCCUGUGUGAAUGGGGCGAUUUUGAAUUGGUUUGAUUUCAGCAACGAACACGUAAUCUGCCUUUAAUCCGGUGCCUCUGUUUUCCUUUUGAACUUGUCCAACGAAGAAGGAAAACUGGGAAAUUUUGGGGGUUUUUUUUCCUUUCGUUCUUCUUUUUUGUUCGUUUUUAAACCGUUUUGGGUUUUUUAUUAUUAUUAUUAUUAUGCCCAAUGCUACUGCACAGCACAACACAACACAACACACGUUUGACACUUUGGAAAUGCCUGUCUCGCCGCCCACGUAAGCCAAAGACCAGGGCAGAAUUUUGAAAACGUUCAAGCUGUUUGGUCCCUUGUUUGAAAGACUUCUGGACAAACCCUUUUCCGUGUGCGGUAAAAAAAAUAACACACCGGUAUAUAUUCGGCUGGAUGGCCGGCUUUUUAUCUGGACUUCGCUCUUGGCUUUGCAGAAGCUUGCUUUGCAAAAGUUAGUGGGUUUAUCUGAUAUCUGAUCAUCACUGUCUGAUAUCUGAUCAUCACUUUCAUCACUCCCCAAAAUUGUGGGAAGAUUCCUGAGCAAAGACCCCAAAGUGGGUAGGAUGUUUUUUUAAACACCUUUGUGUGUUUUUCUUACAUUGUCCUUGUAUUUGGGGACCCUUUUUAGGGGACCGAUGGGGGGAUCUAAAGGGAGUUUGUGUUUGAAUGCAGACAAACCCUCUGAAAUGAUCUGGGAUGUGAAAUAUUUGCUCUGGGAUAUUCAACUUUGGCAACUUUUAAGACCCGUGGAUUUCAACUCCCA